AUGCAAAAUCAGAAAGACAUCUUCAACAAACCACAAAAGAUUUUUAAAUUUCUACACAUAACAAAGAAGAAAAAAAGAUUCCUCAAAAGCUUUGCAUGUGAACAAAUUGAAACACACCUGGAAAGCAUACGACCCAGCAUGCAGGGAGACACAAAAACGAAGGCGAAAGUGGACAACACAUAUGAGGAACUAGGGUGGAAGUAUAGAAGUAUUUGUAAGGAAAUGCUAGAAGAAACAAACAACAACACUGAUACACCAGUAGAAGACGAAAUAGAUGUACGAUACAGAUUAUGUCUAGAAGCUGCAGCUGCAAUACAUAACAAAAACUAA